GAUGGAGUUUGUCUCAGAGAUCACUGAACAAAGUACAUUGUUAGAAUCGACAACAGCCGCCAUUUCCGCUGAACAAUGUAAAUUCACUGUAGAACAUAUUUAGCAUAUUUAGCGUCUUCACACAGUGUAAGUGGAUUAUAUACCAACGUGUGCAAUGAUGUUGGAUUACACUUGAGUGAGAAGCAGACUGGUGAAUCUUCAACAGAAACCGGGAACGUUCUAGUGAAGAAACGGGGGAGUAAAGCGGAGGCACUGCAGCAGGUCUGGGAAAGGGCAGAUGGAUGUACUCGGUGAAAAUGAGGCCCUGCAGCAGUUUUUUGAUGGGCAGGAUGUCAGUGGUGUACUGGACAGUGCAGCAGUGGACACCAGCAUUCUAGAGCAAUAUCUCAGCAAUGAUAUCGACCCCACAUUUAUGUUACCUGAAUCACCUCCAGAUUCAGCGUCAGAACCGUGUUCUCCUCCACAAAUUCCAGAUGUCCACUUUGUCUCAGAUUUAGCCCCUGAGCAGCUGGCUCCUGGCCUGCAUGCCCCAGCAGCACAAAUUCCUGCUCCUUUCUGCCAUCUUAAAGCUCCACCAUCCUCUCAGUAUGAUUUGGGAAACUCCAUGAAGCAAAUAAAGAGCAAAUCACCUGCUACAGUUCAGAUCAUGUGUGAUUCCUCCUUACACUGUGCAUACAGCAGUCCAGCUGAGAGCUGCAUUCAGAGCGCCGGGCCUCCAGUACACCAUGACCCUAUAGACACAAUCAGAGGCUACACAGAAGCUGCCACUUCCAGCACAUCUCCACGCCUCUUACCUCACGGCGUAUGUGUGGAUCCGUACAUGACCUCCAAACCUGGCCUGGGCACAGGGCAAGUUGUACCUGAAAAGAAUAAGAGAAAGCGCUCGAACUCUUUCGAUGUAAACACACAUGACAGCCAGUGGAGAGACCAAGCCAACGUUUGGACCAAGCCUUCAUUUUGUCCUGAGAGGGGUGUGUGUGAAAUGCCAGGCUAUGAGGGUGAUGCUAAUGGGGCAAGUUCAGCAAUGAUGUACCAGCUACUGAAAUGGGACUGCUAUCAACCAAACCAGUGGAGCAGCCUCUACAACAGCAGCUACCAGACUCUCCCUCCACCAGGUUACCACGUGGACACAGAUAAAGGCUUUAGCUUCUCAGUAGCUGAUGAAGCAUUCGUGUGCCAGAAGAAAAACCAUUUCCAAGUUACAGUACACAUCGCGAUGGCUGGAGACCCCAAAUAUGUCAAGACCCCAGCAGGUCCUAUGCCUGUAGACAGCUUCCAAGUGAAAGUCUUCGGAAUUAAGCUUGAGGCUCAGAGCCACCACAUCACCAUCGAGCAGUCCCAAUCAGACCGCAGCAAAAAACCUUUCCUGCCAGUCCAAGUAAACUUGCCUGGAAAUAAAAUCACCAAGAUCACGCUUGGAAGGUUACACUUUAGUGAGACGACUGCUAAUAACAUGAGGAAGAAGGGCAAACCCAAUCCUGACCAGAGGUACUUCCUAAUGGUUGUGGGACUUUACGCUACAGUCAAAGAGAAGAGUUACCUGCUGGUUGCAAACGUAUCUGAGAGAAUCAUCGUCAGGGCGUCAAACCCCGGGCAGUUUGAGAAUGACAGCGAGGUGCUCUGGGUAAAAGGGCAGACCCCAGACUCUGUGGUGUGCCAGGGGCUGGUGGGGAUCAACACCGAUACCCCAGACGAGGCUUUGGUGGUUUGUGGAAACGCAAAGAUAAUGGGCACGGUCAUGCACCCGUCAGACAGCAGAGCGAAGGAGAACGUCAAAGAGGUGGAUUCAACAGAACAGCUGAGAAGAAUAGCUCAGAUGAGGAUUGUUGAAUACGACUACAAACCAGAGUUUGCGUCAAAGAUGGGCAUCGAUCAGGUCCAUGAGAAAGGCAUUAUAGCUCAGGAGGUGAAGGAGCUGCUUCCCACAGCGGUGAGAGACGUAGGAGACGUCACAUGCUCCAACGGACAGAAAAUACACAACUUCCUCAUGGUGGACAAAGAGCAGAUCUUCAUGGAGAACGUGGGGGCGGUGAAAGAGCUCUGUAAGCUUACUGAUAACCUGGAGACACGCAUUGAGGAGCUGGAGGUGUGGAACGCUCGCCUGGCCAAGCUGAAGAACCUGGGGAGCAUGCGCUCCAAAAACACAGCUACAAUAAAUAAAACCCUACAAGGAGUUAGCAGAAGCCAAACAUCAGCUCCUCCCCAAAAGCCUUCACCAUUAACAACUAGUAAAGAGUAUGUGCGUAAGAGAUACCAGCACUGCCUCCAGCACCGAUUAUUCCAAGCCACAAUCAUUCUGCUUGUGGUAACUAUGGCUUUUUGUGCCAUCUGCAUCACCUCACUUUACAUGCUCACAUUAAGAGAAGACACAGAUUUUGGUUCCAGUAGUAACAGCAGCAUGCAUCCAAUCUCAACGUCUACUACCACAGAAACGGUGACCACAGACUUCACAGACUCACCUACUACAUCAUCCCCUGGCCCUUGGCCACUAGAGAUCGAUUUUUCUAGCGUGUUUUACUCGGAUGAAGUUUAUUGCUGUCUACAUACAUCAUCCAGGAGCCGUGGGUCUGUCACGUCGAGCUCGACUGUUCCCUCAGGCUUUCAUAAAACACCUCCUGAUGCCGUACAGGGUCCGACUGGUGAGACAGACAAAAUUCCAUGGGAAUGGUUACGACAUCACAGCGACUGGACAAACACAACCAUUCGGUCGAUCCUUAUCACUCAGAACCAGCAGGUUAUAGACCACCAUUACAUCGACCAGCAGAAUUCCCGGAAAGGGAACUACAGCUAUCGGAUCCCCGUUAGUAAACACAUUCCCAUCAACAUGCCAGUCACCCUGCAGAUGAACACUACUGAGCUGUUAGUGGCUCACCUGUGUGCGUAUGAGCUGAGGGAGGAGUGCACUGUUGUAAUGGACAACAAUGACUCUGAAUUCUACAGAGUUCCUAAUACACAGGGGUAUGUACACGAGUGGCCCCUGUCAGUUGCCCGGCAUUUCCGAUCGUCUUACCACUUCCGUCUCUCAGUAGCGGGUCAGGCUCACUGUUCCACAGACCCCAACUAUGUGGGAAUUCUGUUUACUGACUACCAUUUCCAUUUCUACCGCCGCUGCCAGUGAUGCUGGAUUAAGACUAAUCACCCCUAAUAAACACUAAUCACAGUUCCUCCUGAUGCUUUGAUACGAUUCGAAGCAGGACGAAGUGAUACUGAGGCUUCUCACAGCAUGGCUUUCAUAUGUGUGUGUGUGUGUGUGUGUGUGUGUGUGUCUUGAUUUUAUGUAAGAUGUAUAGAGUAAUCUGAUGAUAGAUAGUAGAGAUAAGGGUUUAUAUGACAAUAAGAGCUGAUACACUAUCCCUAUAUCCCUAUCCCUAUCCCUAUAUCUCUAUAACACAAGAGGGAGAAAAGAAAUAAUACAUUUGUGAUUAGGCUGAAAGUCAAAAAAAAAAUAUCCAGUACAAUAAGAGGAACAGUAAAAUGAAGAAUUAUUCAUAAUUCGGUCCUUCAGGCUGACCGUGCAUGAUGUGUAGGAGGUUCUUUUGGUUUUUGUACAAGGGCUGGAUGAAGUUUCUAGGCGGACAUAAGGGUCAGGGGUCGUGUUGACAAAUUCAUUUGAAAAAGAAAACAACAAAUGUGUGCACAUCAUUAUCCCCGAGAGCCUGGCAACGCUGGAACACAUCACGCUCCGUCUCUCAGACCAUUCCAUCAUUAACGGACAGGACACUGUGGACUUUAGCCCACCUGGAGGGUAUGAACAACCCCAUAUGCUCUGUAACUUCCUCAUUAGUUUAAGUUCUUAUUUUAUAUUAAUAUAUGUAUUUGUGAACAUAUUGUUUACCGUAACAUCAGGAGAUCAUGACCUGAUGAUGCCACAGUCAUCUGUGAACAAGAACCAAGGCUGUUCUCUCUCUAUCACUGGCCACACUGGCCAAUCUCAGGUAUCAUGUAUGUGGAAGAUAUAUCUAUCCUCCAAGUGUGUCACAAUGUAAUGUAACACAGCAUGAGCAGGAGUUUAAAACGGCGUGCGUGGCGACGUCAUGUGUUACUGGAGGUACGAUAAUGGGAAGCUAGUCAGUGUGAAUUAGUAAGUGACUGAAGUGGGGGAGAGAAUUACCGGGAAACUAAACAAAACGGAAGAAAUAUAUUACAGUGAUGCAAAAAGAUACGCAAAACCCUGACUUUUACAAUGGAAACGUUUUGAUAUAGUGUAUUUGAGUGUGUGUGUGUGUGUGUGUGUGUGUGUGUGUGUGUGUUGCACAUACUUUACAAUCUAAACCCAGCCCAUAAAGCUUUGAAUUGAAAUAAUCAUCGAUAAAAUAUAUAUAUAUAUAAAUAUAUAUGUAUCUCUGGCCUGAACAGAACACUAGAACCCAGUGAUCGAGUGUGUGUGUGUUUUGUGUGUGUGUGUGUGUUUUGUGUGUGUGUGUGUGUGAGAGAGAUCAGCAAGUUACACUAGCUCACUACGCAAGCCUUACUGCUGAAAAUUUCACCACCACAAUCCUUAAAUGAACAGCCUUCUCUAUUAUAUUGUUGCGUUUCUACUUUAUUGUCCAUAUUUGAUAUGGUUCCUCUCGUUUGCACUGCUCAGUGUGUUCACAGAUUUUUGCAUCAACCAAACUAUGAUUUAGAGACUAGAGAUUAGAAGAAAAAAAUAAAUAAAUCAGCCAUGAUAUAUUUUCCACACAAUUUUGUAUUUAAACAAACCACUGUCACGACAAGCAACACGAAAUAAUCAGAGGGUUUGUGACGUUGUACAAUUAUUUCAGUUCAUUUUCCGACUCCGUUCACAUUGCUGACACUCUUCUAGUUCUUCUGCACCUAAAUGUAUUAUUUAAGUUGUUUCUUAUCUAUUAAACAAUAAAGGAGAA